UUAGGGUGGUGUAAAAUGCCAAAUAGCCCAAUCAGCCAUGCUGUGACAUUGUUUACAAAACAAGAAGGGAUCAAAGUGCGUCGAGCGCACAGGUAUCACGUAAUAAUUGAAUUUGCGGCGAGUAAGAUUUUAAAACUUACCAUUAUAGCUUAUUUUCAUUCAACGAUUACUAAUCUAGUUUAUCAUUUCCAGGUUUAUUCAGCCUUUGAUUUUCAGUGCAGACAAAUCAGCUGACUGUAUUUGGACUUUUUUUUACAUUUGUUGAAUCGUGUUUGUUUUGGUGCGAAUAAUCCGGAGAAGGAAAUAUCAGUUCGUCUGUGAUAAAUAUUAGAUUGACGACAAAGUGAAUUCAAUCGUUGGAAUUCCGAUGCAUUUUAAUCACCGGAUUUCGAACUAUCGGGAUGUAUUGCGAAUAUUAGUCGCAAUUCUAUUGUCCCGAUUUGAUCACCGUUUGCGCAGGCUCAGUAAAGUAAACAUCAAAGCAUCUUUUUCAGCAGGACCACCUGUGAAUCAAAAAACUGAUAGUGCUUUGCCAGGGAUAGAUCCAUAAAUCAAGCGUCAUGAGGAGCAACACAACACAAAAAAUUGCUAGCGGCGCGGCGGUGUAUAACAAUUUUUAUGCCUGAAAUCCGAAAUGAUGCCCUACCAAAUCGACCAUCCGAACAAUCCGAUUGGCAGCUUCAUAACCGGUCUGGAACACUCCCGGAAAUGCGUGAAUAAGUGGUCAAUGCAAAGAAGCCAGAAAAUUGGUCCACAACUCAAUCUGCUGAUGAUCAUUAUAAAAACCGAAACUUAAGGCACAUUCAUCAAAUCAAAAUAACUUUCCAUUCCACAUCAAGCCGUGCUCCGAAACAUGAUACCAACGCUGAAGAAAUCUCUGAAUUUGAUUUCGACGAUUCAUCAGAAUUGAGCAAGAAUGUGGAAGAAACGUGACCGAAAUAUGAACGGAAAGAAGAGGUGGAUAGACAACAUUCUGACCAAUUUCAGUUCGGACUGCCGAGAUUACAAGGCACAUAGUUUGGAACAUAGUGAACAAAUUGUAAGAUAGUUAAGGUUUCGAUUUUUUUGAAAAGAUGAUUUAAUUAAGGUCUUUCAUUUCAACAAAUUUUCUGUGCCUGACAUUAGGCAUGAAAAGUAUGUUAGUUAGGGAGAAGAGAUAGCUGAAAUUAUCUCGCAGGUUUCGGUUUAAAAAAAAAUGAAAUUUAUACCCUUUUAUUUCGUCAGUCAAGAAAAAACUUUUAAAAAUAAAAUUUACAUGCAAAAACUAUGUCAAAGGUUACUUUUCAAACAAAGAAAUACCAUUUAUUGUAAUAUCACUAGCUCUCAAAAUAUUACUAUCUCAUAUUACUAUGCAGUGGUAGUGCGGAUGUUCCGGAUCUUUUCCUAGAAAAACCAGCGUUGUGAGUAAAUUAUUAAAAUUAAUUGUUCGGGAGCUGAUCAAGAAGCCCGCACAACAUGAAUUUUUUGGUUCUAGCAAAUGAAGAAUGGAGCUGCCGAGAAACAACCGCCAUCAAAACCGGAUCCGGAAGUCGUGUUCGAGGUUAGUAAUUUUGUAAGUUAGCGGAAUGUCUAACAAAAAAAAGUUAUUUUCAAAUUACUUUUUCCAAUUCCAGAUUGAGAGAAGAUCGAGAAAAUCGUACGCAAUCACCGAACGGACAAACGAAAAGCUCUCGGUGAGGGGGUCUCCGUCGAUGAAUGAGCAUUAAACUUGGUGAAAUGCAAUCAAAUUGAUAUAAAUAAAAAAUCGACAAAACGACAGAUUGCAAGAUCCCUCUGUUGUGGAUUAGCUGGCUAGGAUAGGUUGAAGGAUGGCAUCGCCACUGGAACAUUAUGUGAACCAUGUCCGGACCAUGAGCAGUGCCGGAAACUUCCGGGAACUGGUGGAAUACCUGCUGGAAUCAACCGACCUGCUGGCCAAAAAUGGGAACAUCCUGGAUAACGUGCUGGAAACGUUGGACAUCCAACAGCACUCGCUUGGGGUUCUUUUCGUGCUGGUGAUCAAAUUUAGCAAUGGCGAACAGGUUCGAUUCGCAACGCAACCAUAUUUCGAACUCUGCCACCAGUUUGCCUCGUCGCUCGUGAAGAACAAUCAGUACACAAUCCAGGGUAUCCAGGGCACAAGUCGGUAUUUGUGCCAACUGUGUUUGGCCGCGAAAAUCUUCAGCCCGGCUCUCCGCUUCCUGGACGUGGAUGUGACAGCAAUCGCAAACACCGUCGACAGCAACUACGAUACCAAGUACUCAAUGCUGUACUUCUACUAUCGUUGUGCUCUGAUUAUUUGA